AGAGAGAAAGAAAGUAAGAAUGUCAUCGGCGGCAGGGAUGUCCGUUGGCGCGCUCCCCGGAUACCGCGGCCUGAAAUCGAACUCGUCGGCGGCGGCGACGAAGCAGCUGUUCUUCUCGGGGAAGGAUGUUGCGUGGAGGAGGAAGGCUGCUGCAGUGUCGAACGGUUCGAGGGUUUCCUGCAUGAAGACGUGGAACCCGAUCGACAACAAGAAGUUCGAGACGCUGUCCUACCUUCCUCCGCUUUCACAGGACUCCGUCGCUAAGGAGAUUGAUUACAUGAUCAAGAAGGGUUGGAUUCCUUGCCUUGAAUUUGACGAGCAGGUGGGAUAUGUGUACAGGGAGAACAGCAGGAUGCCCGGAUACUACGACGGCAGGUACUGGACUCUGUGGAAGCUGCCGAUGUUCGGUUGCAACGAUUCCUCCCAGGUGCUGAACGAGAUGGAGCAAUGCAAGCAGGCUUACCCUAAUGCUUACAUCCGCUGCCUCGCCUUCGACAACAUUCAACAGGUCCAGUGCAUGGCAUUCCUCAUCCAAACUCCCAACUAAUUAAGCUAUAGCCAGCUUGCUAGUAAUUCUCCCUGCAUGCAUCUUCCUCAACUUAGCUACCAUUCCCAUUGGGGCGCCCCGCCCUUCCUCGUCACUUGUUCUGCUGAAUAAUCUUUCUCAAUAAAAAAGACUGCAAGGCAGUUUUUGGCUCCAUCCAAAGGGGGUUUGCUGAAUGGCCAGUCUUGAGUUUUGCCUAGCUACUCUUUCAAACCUUCCAAGACAUAUUUACACACAUAUGGCUGGUUAUGUGAUAAUGAGAAGUUGUUAA